UACUGUCAGUCGGCGAGGACUGCAGCCCCGUAAUGGUCUCUCACACUAUGUUAGCCAUCACCUCUCUCACAGUUUUUCUCUGCCUCUUCCUAUGCACUCAUCAGUUAAAGCUUACCAGCAAUCCUUUGCAGAGGGGCAGCUCAGGGUCUAUGGUAUUGAACUGUCAAGGGGAAUCCAGAGAAGCCACUGAUGUUGGGGUGUUCUGGUUCCGUCAGAAGAAAGGGGCCACAUAUCCAGAAUCUAUUCUAUUUCUCAGCAACUUAAACAAACCAAUAUACAGGGAUCCAAGUGACAGCAACCGUUUCAAAGCAAAAAUGUCAGGAAGUUUGUUCACCUUGGUCAUUGAGAGAUUUGAUGAGAAGGACCAAGGAACCUACUAUUGUCUGAUCAAUAAAAAUGCUGUGCUAACGUUCAGCCCGGGCCUCCAGCUCAUCUAUCCUGAAGUAACGACACAGAAACCAAGGACAACAAAAGCCACCGCUAGAACGACAGAGUCAGGAGGUUCAUGUAAUUGUAUCACAGAUAAACAGCCUGAAUCGCUGGGUUUACCGUGUGACCUGUAUGUAUGGGCUCCUCUGGCAGGAAUAUGUGGAGUUUUUCUUAUCUGUCUUCUCAUCACUUCCAUAAUGCUCUGCUGCCGAACAAGAAGAAGGCGAUGCCGGUGUAAGCCUAAGCCCAUGGAUGAGAAGAAUGGUAAAAUGAAUAUACCAAACAGACACAUGUAAUGGACAUCAUGAACUCAUUGCUUCCUCCGCGGACCUUCUGCUUGUCCAUGAUGCCACCAACACGUCAUAGCCAAAGGGCCACCUGUUCCAUAAAGCCUUGCUCUGCUCCUCUACAUUACAAGUACUCAUUUCUCCAGGAAUCCUAGAAAUAAACCGCUUAUGAUGACAAAUCAAUAUUUCUGGCUGCGGCAUCAUGCAUUAGGCGACAUUACUAGAUAUGGUCUAAUGGCAUUCUCGUCUGGGUGACAUUUAGAGAUACAGAGGGCUUCCCUCUAGUAGGAUGUCGCACCAUGUUAGCCAACUGUACAGACCAUUAUUUGCUAGCUGGCCUCAUACAGGUGUAAUAUGGGCACGUAUACAUGAAUUAGCAGCUCAGUGGUUAACCCUCUUAUCUUGUAGUCCUGGGUUUGAAUCUUAGUGAGGACAACAUCUGCAUGGAGUUAGUAUGUUCUACUGUGUUUUCCUCCCACAUGCUAUAAAUAUACUGAUAAAUUAAUUGGCUUUUUUAAAGGGGUUAUCCCAUGAUUAAUCUAAAAAAUUAAAACCAGAGGUCAUAUAGCACAUGAUAAUCUCUUUCUAACAAAGCUACAACCAGCCGUGUACCUCACAUGGACCCACAGCUGUCAACAUUCAUUGCUACAAUUGCUCCACUAGAUUUAUUAAGCUGGCAGCUCAGUGGGGGGGGGGGGGGGGUCCUUUUGCUGCCGGAUGGAAACGAGCAUGUGCGUCCACCUCACUGAGGUGGACAGAGAAAUUAGAAAAAGAACCAACAGCAGAUGGAGCUAUACAUCUAGAUUUCAUUGAAUAACUUAGUAGCUUUAAUACAUUUUUAAUAACAGGCAAUUACAAAAGUAUUCAGAUCCAGAGGCUGGUUUGAAAAAUGUAGACUACUUUUUGUGGGACAUCACCCUUAAAGGGCUGUCUACUAUUAGUGACUCCCGAGUCUCCUUUUUCAGCUGUUGGCCAGAGGUGAAAACGGUUACAAAGAGUGUCUCUUUCUCUGGCGGACUUGUCCUGUCCUACAUUACACGGACAACCAACAGAUUUUAAUUAGCACUGUGUAAUGCUUGAUCUCACCUGUUGUAGCGCUGCAGGGAAAUUAAACACUUAUUGCCAGAUUUCCCCACAGAUUACAGCUGAUCGCUGGGACUCACAACAAGGGGACCCUUUGUGAUCAUAUUGCCAAGGGACCUUGAUGAAAGUCCAAAUCAGACAAUGUGAACUUAGACUGUGAGCCCCGUUGGGGACUGUUACGCCGCUUGACAUAUAAGAAAUCUCUCUUUGUAGCCUUUCUCCACUCAGAAUUUUUUUAAAUGUUUUUUUUUUUUCCAUACCAGACAACCCCUUUAAAGGGUUUCUGUCAACAGGAAAAUGGUUAUUAACCUGGCUGACAUUAGUGAUGUACUAAUGUCAGCUGAGCAUAACUAUAUUAGUGCCACCUCACUGCGUGCCGCCGUUAUUGAGGAAAAAAAACCGUUUAUAAUAUGCAAAUGAGCCGCUGGGUGCAGGGGGGGCGUUGCUCCUGCUCCUAGAGGCUCCGUUCUCCCACCUCUGGCCGCGCCCUGCUGCACUUGAUUGACAGGGCCAGGCACUGUUGGUCUCCGCUUGCCGGCCCUGUCUCCUGUGGAAAUCUCGGGCCUGCGCCGUCCCGUUCAGUAUUUGGCGCAGGCGCAGUAAGUGAAGGAUGCUCGUCGUCUGCCAUCUUCACUCACUGCGCCUGCGCCGAAUACUGAACGGGACGGCGCAGGCGCGAGAUUUCCACAGGAGACAGGGCCGGCAAGCGGAGACCAACAGUGCCUGGCCCUGUCAAUCAAGUGCAGCAGGGUGCGGCCAGAGGUGGGAGAACGGAGCCUCUAGGAGCAGGAGCAACGCCCCCCCUGCACCCAGCGGCUCAUUUGCAUAUUAUAAACGUUUUUUUUUCCUCAAUAACGGCGGCACGCAGUGAGGUGGCACUAAUAUAGUUAUGCUCAGCUGACAUUAGUACAUCACUAAUGUCAGCCAGGUUAAUAACCAUUUUCCUGCUGACAGAAACCCUUUAAGACUGUUGAUAAAUGCCCCACAGUAACCUCCCCUUUAACCUUUUCCAUUUUACAUCAGUUGACAUACUAAUGUGAAGGAUGUUUUGUGCCAGUGAAUGAACGGUACCAUGCUAUACCGGGGUAUGUAACGGCAGCCUCUCGCUGCGGCUUAUACAACUGGGUCACGCUACUGCACCUGUGCAUGAGCCGCACUUCAUGUACAAGGCGACUGAGAUAUUGUAUUGGUUUGUGUGUACAGUUCUUUUUAUCAAUAAACUGAUAAGUUGAGU